UUCCUUUGUGCACCCGCCCGGGAAUCUGCCCUUGCCAGGCUAUAAAGUGGGGGCCUCACUGCGCCCCGAAACACAAGCCCGCUCACUCCAACAAGAAGCAGCAGCUGCCCAGACUUGAGCCCAACACCACGAUGUCUGAGACCACAAAACCCGCUGCUCCUGGCCAAGCUGUGGAGGAGAAGGAGAAGGCGGUGCCAGCUCCAGCUCCAUCCCUCGACCCUGCUCCCGUCGCAAACAGCAAGGGUGAGGAACCCUCCACAGAAGCCUUCAGGAUCGUCGUCUUUGAGCAGGAGAACUUCCAGGGCAGGCAGAUGGAGUUCACCACCGAGUGCCCAAACCUGGGGGACCGCGGCUUCGAUCGGGUGCGCAGUGUCAUCGUCAUCUCUGGACCCUGGGUGGCCUAUGAGCAGGCCAACAUGCGCGGAGAGAUGUUCAUCCUGGAGAAGGGCGAGUACCCUCGUUGGGACACCUGGUCUAGCAGCUACCGGAGCGACUGCUUCAUGUCCAUGCGUCCCAUCAAAAUGGAGGCUGAGGACCACAAAAUCUCCCUGUACGAGUCUGCUGACUUCAAGGGCAACAAGAUGGAAAUCCAGGAGGAUGAUGUGCCCAGCCUCUGGGCUUACGGCUUCUGUGACCGUGUGGGCAGCGUGCAGGUGCCCAGUGGAACCUGGGUCGGGUACCAAUAUCCUGGCUACAGAGGCUACCAGUACCUCUUUGAGACCGGAGACUUCCGACACUGGAACGAGUGGUCUGCCUUCCAGCCCCAGAUCCAGUCCAUACGCCGCAUCCGGGACAUGCAGUGGGACCAGAAGGGCACCUUCGUCACCCCUGACGCGCCCUCCGACUGAGUGUGCCGCCUGCUAGCUCGGCCCCGUGGGGCACCCCCGCCUCCCCCCGCGCUCGCCUGCUCAGCACUUUCCUUGUACAUUGCACAUUCCCUGGAUGUAUCCCACCUCGUGAGGCAAAUUAAA